CCGCGGGCUACCGUAAAAAAACAUGGCGGACAUGCAAGUUUUUAUCGAUUUUUCGAUAAAACAGAAAUUGCUUCAACGGACGAAGAAUCUUCAGGAAGGAAAAUACGAUAAUUUUCUUUGCUAUCUUUAUGGCGACGUUUUCCUAAAUAAAAUUCGCAUAAUAGGAUGUGUGGCUUGUACAGGAAGUCAUCCUCCAGCUAAGAAAGGGUAUCCAGGAAUUCCUGACUGGAAAAGUGAGAAAUCAGAAUUGUUUUCUCUCAUUCCAAACGGAAUAAAUCUGGUAGGAAUUUACUAUUCAUGUGUCAAACCAACAAAUCUAGAACCUGAUGAGGUUAAAAGAAUAUUUGAUGAAAAAUGUUCAAAGGAUGAUUCAGUAACCAACGGUCCAUUUGUACUGUUCCAGCACAUAAAUACCAGUGAUGGUGAAAGAGAAAAGUGUUUUAUUUACAACAAGGAUCUUGAAUCAGUGUCUGAGUGUGAAUGGCAAGAAACAUGUAUACAGGAAGAAUUUCAGAAAAAGAGGAUUUGCUUUCGAGUUCAAGCAAACAUACCUCUAUCUGUCUCAAGAGAUCAAAAUGGUAUGUCAGAAAUUGCAAAGAAUAUUGAAAAGUCUUGCAAAGAAUUAGAUUCAACCUCAACUGCCUUCCAUAUAAAAGACUGUAAAUUGUUGCUUAAGAAUGUGGAUAGUGGAAGCGAUGAGUCAAUAAGCUGCGAAUCACUUUUGGAAAGGAUUGAAUUAGGACAAGAAAAAUUGCAAAGUAUACAUGGAUCAGUCAAGAGUAAAGGAAAACAGAAAAGUGCAAAGCCUGCUCCUCCUUCUGGCUCAGUGAAACUUAAGGAUGUACUGGAUGUACGAUACUUAUCUCAACUGACAGACAAUAUCAGGGAUCAUGAAGCAUUUGUACCAGUUAUCCAAUACAAGAAAGAGACAAAGUCUAAAACUAAGUACAACCUGGCAUUGGAUGUGGUGUUAAAUUUAUCAAGGGACACUCCAUUGAAAAGUUUGCCAAAGUUAUUUAUUUCUGCCCUGUGCAGUCAGCUUAGAAAGAUGGCCUCAGUUAUGGCACAGUUUUCCAAGGGAGGUUCAUUAGCUCUUGUUAAAGUGCAUCACUUCAAGCUUCCUGGGUUUUGUCAUUUGGUGACUGCUGUUUAUCCCAGCAUUAAAAGAGAUGAUGAACCAACAGAAGAGGAUGAACUUGUAUCAUACAGAUUGAAACUUCACAAAAGACUUCUUCUGCCAGAAAACAGACCUCUUAUGAGACCUUCCAACAGAUACAAAUUUGAAAAUGAGAGGCAGCAAGGUAUCUACUUGACAAAUCCUCACACUGGAUUGGUGGGAGGGAUUUGUGGUACUGUAGCAGUUGUCGAUGGAACAUAUUCCUAUCACCAUUACAUGCAGGAUAACUUCAAUGAUGAUGGGUGGGGUUGUGCAUACCGAUCACUUCAGACCAUUGCUUCCUGGUUUGUUCACCAAGGCUACACAUCCAAGUCUGUCCCAAGCCAUCGGGAAAUUCAACAAGCACUUGUUGAUCUCCAAGACAAAGGCAAGGAGUUUGUGGGUUCUCGGCAAUGGAUAGGCUCCUUUGAAGUCAGCAUGUGCCUGGAACAUCUUUUGGGAGUCACAUCAAAGAUUAUGUUUGUCAGCACUGGAGCAGAGAUGCGCACCAAAGGGAGAGAUCUGUUGCAUCAUUUUCAGACUCAAGGAACUCCCAUUAUGAUUGGAGGUGGUGUUUUAGCACAUACCAUUCUGGGGGUUGAUUUUAAUGAUCAAACAGGGGACAUAAGGUUCUUAAUUCUUGAUCCACAUUACACUGGUGGGGAAGAUCUCAAAGUCAUAUUAGACAAGGGGUGGUGUGGAUGGAAAGGACCUGACUUCUGGAAUCAACAAGUCCAUUAUAACAUGUGUAUGCCUCAGAGACCAGAUAUGAUUUGAUUACAAAAACAGUAGAAAAGAUGUAUCUUUGAAUAAUUUAUUACGAGGAAUUUAUGCUAUUUUUCCAUCAGUGGAUUUCAUGAUAGGAAAAAUGAUAAAACAUCAAAGUAAUGCAUUAUUAGAAAACCUAGAGUAGCCUUAUUCUUGAAGUUACACCCCGAUUCACUCCGGAAAAAAAACCCGUGAAGAUGCAUGUUGCUAAAGUGUUCUUUGUUGCGGCAAACAAAUUUCAAAACUUCUACACUUUACAAUCUGUUUUCAAGAAAAAUUAACCCCACAAAAAUGCUUUUGGCAAACAGGCGAAAGACUCUUGGCUAACUUUCCUGAAAUGCAAUACUCGAUCGAAAUCGCGGUAACUUGGAAACGUGAAGCGUAAAAAGGACAACAAAAACCUUUGAAAAUCGACUUUGUUGCUCGUUUCUUGUGUGACACACUUCUAUUGAUUGCAUAGUUUUUACGCUCUACGUGACUUGAUGACUUUUGGUGAACGAGUUUGAAUUCUUCCAAGCGCGAACAUUUUGACAAAUGUCAAGUAUUUCUGGACUGUUUCCUAAUCCUCUGACGAUUUCUUGAACUCGUCAAGUUCCCAACUCUCGCUGAAGUAGCUUCCAUCAAGUUGAUCCGGUUCACACAUGCUGGUUUGACUCUUGAUUUAAGGCGGAUUAGUGUCAUGAUUUGGUUUCUCGCCAGCCAGCUGUGAUCAUGAGGGUCAUUAAAAAUGGAUUUCUGAAAAAGGAAAUUUAUGAACAAUGGUAUUUAGAAUGUACAGCAUUAAUUCACGUCAAGCAUUUACGAGCGAGAGGCGCGCAGCACGACACGCGCGUUACUGCAUGAGUUUAUGCAAAUAGAAACCUAUUUUAGAAACCUAUUUUAAAAUGUUAAACCUUCAAAUUGCUUAUUUUAUUUGCCCCUGUCGUCACUUACCUUGCAAAAGUGUUGAAUAAUAAAAUUUAUGAAAGCUCCUUUAAUCACUUAUCCUUCUAUCAUUAAAUACCUUUGGUGAAGUUUUUGAGGAGCAUUCAACAUUCCACGCAUUCUGAAUUAGACAGGAAUGUCAUAGUUUUCGAUUUAAUUAAUUAAUGUUCUUUGGUUUAUUUUCUUAGUAAAGUGGAUUGUCAGGGAAAUAUUUGCUCGUAGGAUGUGAUGUUAUGCUGGGUGAAAUGAGCUGCCAUUUCAAAUAAUUUAUGAUUCAUUUAAUAAGCAGCUAUUGGAAUUAUAAUGAAUUUUUGGCAAUUUGCAUCACUUUCUCCGAUUUAACGCCAGGCUUGGGUUACUGUAGCAUGCUAAGGUUAACAUUCUGUACUCGGGAAAACCUUAAUGAACCUACUGGAGCAAAAGUGUUUUAGUGAUGAUCUAAGCGCCCGGAUCAUUUUUUUUUAUAACACAACGACGACGGUUUUGACCGUCAAAAGAGCUCUUGGAUUCUUUUAAUUGCUUGACUUAAAACUUGUACUAUUCAUAGUACAACAAGUGAAUAUCACACGAUAGCACUUUGUAAGUUUGAAGACAUCUACGAAAAAGUCUUUCUGCUGAGACAAACUGCCAUAAUUACCGAUCGCAAACCGCUGCUAAAUAACUGUUAAAACAUUUCAAGGAAUAUAUGAAGUAUUAUUCUUUGCAGAUCUGUGUUGUUUUAGAUUAUAAAGAGGUCAAAUGUUGGCGUUCAAAUGGAAUUUCGAUUUCCGUCUUGAAAUUUCACUGCAAGGCGUAAUGUGAUACAAUAAAUAAGUUCUUCCCUUUUUGA